AUGGCUUACUUACAGUCUAUGCCUAAAUCUGAAACAAUUAGGUUACGUGAAAAACAUGUGGGAGCCGCCUGCCAGUUGUUCUUCCGUUCAUCGCCGUUGAAAAUUGUUCGGGGCAUCGCCCAGUUCAUGUAUGACGAGACGGGCGAAAGAUACUUAGAUUGUAUCAAUAAUGUUGCACAUGUGGGCCAUUGCCAUCCCCAUGUUGUGGAAGCAGGCAGAAAUCAAAUGUCACUGAUAUCAACAAACAAUCGUUACCUUCAUGAUGAGCUGGUGAUAUUGGCUGAAAGGCUUGUAAAAACAAUGCCGGAACCUCUUUCCGUCUGUUUCUUCGUAAACUCUGGCUCAGAAGCCAACGAUCUUGCUUUAAGAUUAGCUAGAAUUCACACAAAGAAGAAAGAUGUUAUUACUCUGGACCACGCGUAUCAUGGCCACCUUACGUCUAUGAUUGAUGUCUCUCCCUACAAACUGAACCUACCAGGAGGGCCCGAGAAGCCAGAGUGGGUUCACGUGGCGCCGGUCCCCGAUAUAUACCGUGGAAAGUACACAUAUCCAAAAGAUUCACAAUCAGAAGAGAUACUAGGGCAAAUGUACGCUGAUGAAGUUGGAAAGAUUUGCAAGGAGAUCUCGAGUAAAAAUGGCGGGGUCUGUGCUUUUAUAGCGGAAAGUUUGCAAAGUUGCGGCGGUCAGAUAAUCCCGCCCGGUGGAUACCUUAAACGUGUUUUUGAAUAUGUUCGAGAAGCCGAUGGAAUUUGUAUUGCUGAUGAAGUUCAAGUGGGUUUCGGGCGUGUAGGAACUCAUAUGUGGGCGUUCGAGACUCAGGAUGUUGUGCCUGACAUCGUGACAAUGGGCAAACCUAUGGGAAAUGGACACCCCGUGGCUGCCGUCAUCACUACUCCGGAAAUCGCAAAGAGCUUUGCCGAUACUGGAGUUGAAUAUUUUAAUACGUAUGGCGGUAAUCCGGUGUCAUGUGCUAUUGCAAACGCUGUUCUCGAUGUCAUCGAAGAAGAGCGUCUUCUAGAGCGUGCCACGCGAGUUGGUAACCAUUUGCUGACACGGUGCGAGAAGUUAAAGCAUAAGCAUCGAUUAGUUGGUGACGUUAGGGGCAGGGGACUUUUUGUGGGCGUCGAAUUAGUGACUGAUAGAGAAAGAAGGACCCCAGCGACUGCGGAGGCGAAACAUAUCGUUAAUAGGAUGAGAGAAGAAAAAAUUCUGAUCAGUCGCGACGGACCAGACAGCAACGUGUUGAAAUUCAAACCACCCAUGGUAUUUUCCACGCAAGACGCGGACAGACUUGUCGACACGUUGGACAGGGUACUGUCUGAAUUAGACGAUGAGAGAAUACCAGUCAAGAAUAUCAAACUAGAAGUAUUAGUCACAUCCCUCAAUGAAGAGAAGACGAGUAACGACUUAAUUUUAAAGAGUAAUAUGAAGCAAAGCAUCAAAGCUAUAUAA